AUCUCAAAUCCUCUUUUCUUUUCCAUCCAAAUCUGUUCCCAAAAUGAAAAUCACAAAACGUUUCAAUCGAGUUAUUAAACCCCUAAAAACCAUAAACAAUCAUGACCCAAAAUCUCAAAUCACUAAAGUCAAAACAAAUUUAAAGCAAAAGUCAAAAAGAAAAGCAAACACUAUAACAAUCAAGCAAAAAUCACAGACCCAGUUGGAUAUUUGUUCAAAAGAUUCAUUUUUGUUGGAGAAAAACCCGAAAAGAUUGGAUCUUGAUUAUUACCAAAUUGAUGCACUUGAUCUUGCUCCAAGAUUGCUUGGCAAGUAUCUUAGGAGAGAUGAUGUUGUUCUCCAAAUUACUGAGGUAGAAGCAUAUAGGUCUAAUGAUUCAGCUUGUCAUGGCCGAGUUGGAGUUACAUCAAGAACUGCUCCUCUUUUUGGACCAGGUGGACAUGCUUAUGUAUAUCUUUGCUACGGCAUGCAUAACAUGCUAAAUGUUGUAGCUGACAAAGAAGGAAUUGGGUCGGCAGUGUUGAUCCGUUCUUGUGCUCCUGUCACAGGGCUGGAAACUAUCAAACAGCGUCGAGGUUUGGAUACCGAUAAGCCCGUUCUUCUUACCGGGCCUGGGAAGGUGGGCCAAGCACUAGGGAUUUCAAAAGACUGGUCUAACCAUGCUCUGUUUAGUCCUGGUGGCUUGGAGCUAUUGGAUGGGCCAGAAGUGAAAGAUAUAGUAGUGGGUCCACGCGUUGGCAUAGAUUAUGCUUUGCCUGAACAUGUUAGUGCCUUAUGGAGGUUUGCAGUUUCAGGUAGCCCUUGGAUAAGUGCUCCUAAAAACACCCUCAAGGCACCUUAAUUUGCAAAUCAUGGACAUGACUGAUGGAAGGAGUUUUUUUUUUUUGGGGUUGACAAUCUAAUUGUUGCAUAUGGUGUUUUUUGUGUGGGUGUUGAACCACAAUGCAGUGUACAUACUGAAAAAGGUUGAAGUAAACUAAUGGAAUUUAGCUUUUACUA